AUGUUCGUUCGCGCCGCUUCCCAGGCUGCUCGCAGCCCAGCUGUCCGAGCCGCUGCCACCCCAAUGGCUCGUGUAGCUGCUCAACAGACCCGUUCCGCCUCUGAACACGCCAUUGCCAACCCCACGCUCGCCGGUAUCGAGAAGCGCUGGGAGGGUAUGGCUCCUCAGGAACAGGCCGAUUUGUUCAUGCAGCUCCGGGAUCGUAUGAAGGUUGACUGGCACGAGAUGACUUUGCAGGAGAAGAAGGCCGCUUACUGGAUCGCGUUCGGAUCCCACGGUCCUCGCAAGGAAACUCCCAAGGGUGAAGGCUGGAAGGUCUUGUCCAAGGUCGCCCAAUUGGUUGCCAUCUCUGUUGCUGUGUUCUAUUCUACUCGUCUGUUUGCCAGGGAGCCUCCUCGCACAUUGACCAAGGAAUGGCAAGAGGCCAGCAACGAAUAUGCCAAGAAAGAAAUGAUUGAACCCAUCACCGGUAUCAGCAGCCCCAACUACGAAGGUCCCGGUUACGUCCAGAGCCCACCUGCCAAGUCCUCAUAA